AUGGCUACCUCAGAGGGCAACAUCCCCUUCUCACACCCCAGCUUGCCAAAACCCUGCGAGACAUGGUAUCAAGUAUACGGGGACCUCAAAUCUUCCUCGACUGGGCGCCCGCUGGUCACUCUCCAUGGAGGUCCUGGCAUGGGCCACAAUUAUCUGCAGAAUCUCCGCCGCCUUUCAGAUGACUAUGGCAUUCCCGUGGUAUUUUAUGACCAGCUAGGCUGUGGCCACUCGACACAUCUGCGGGAAAAGAGACUCGACACGGACUUCUGGAAGCCCGAGCUCUUCAUCGCUGAAUUGGACAACCUGCUGGAGCAUCUGGGGAUUGCAGAGUUUGACUUGCUCGGGCAAAGCUGGGGUGGGAUGCUCGGCUCUAUGUUUGCCAUCCGGGGAAGCCCUGGCCUCAAGCGGCUCAUCAUUUCCAACUCACCUGCGUCCAUGAAGCUGUGGGUCGAGGCGUGCAACAAGUGGCGGAGCGAACUGCCCGAAGACGUGGACAAAGCUUUGACGGAACACGAGGCGAAUCAGACGUACGACGACCCAGAGUACAAGGCGGCUGUCGAGGAAUUCUACAAGCGGCACGUCUGCAGGGUGUUUCCGUUCCCACAGGAUCUUCUCGAUACCCUGGCCAACGUGGAGGUAGACGAUACUGUCUACUACACCAUGAACGGGCCGAGUGAAUUCACCGUGAUUGGAAACCUGAAGAACUGGUCCGUGGUCGACGAGGUGCACAAGAUCUCCGUCCCGACCCUCUUGCUCAACGGCCAGUGGGACGAAGCCCGGGACAGCUGCGUGUAUCCGUUUUUCCAGAUCCCCAAGGUGAAGUGGUUCACGCUGCCGGAUGCGAGUCAUUGCAGCAACCUCGAGAUUCCAGACCGGUACAUGGAGGUGGUGGCGGAGUUUUUGAAGAAUGCAUAG